AUGGCUACCAGUGCUGCUCUUCUUCUGGUGAGUUCCACCGUAGGUGGCAGCAGCUUUUUCCGAGUUGUCAAAGUCAGCAGGAGCAGUAGCACCGUGAACAGGGUCCUGAUCCAAAGAACUAGUCUUCCCGUAAGAAGCGGCGUUUCCAGAAGAGCUGUGCACUCCAACAUUGUCCGAUUUUCCGGCACCCUGGGCGGUGUUGUAGCCAGAACUAGCCUUCUUAUCGUAAGACGAAGGCUGCUGUUUGUAAGAGUCAGGCUUUCCGUAUCCCUCUUGAGUCUCAAGAACCUCGUUUUGCUUGAGAUGGUAGGUCUGACCAGGAGCCCCACUCAUAGCUCCAACACCAGCACCGGCCACAGCAGGACCCAAGUUCUUGGCAGAGGUAUCGUGGUACGACUGUUGUCCGUAGUUGGAGUCUUUUCCAUAAGAUUGCUGUCCGUGAGAAGCAUCUUUUCCGUAAGAUUGCUGUCCAUGAGAAGCAUCCUUACCAUAAGAUUGCUGUCCGUAGGUAGCGUCCUUACCGUAGGUAGCAUCCUUCCCAUAGGUCUGAUCCUUGGCGUAAUCUCCGUGUUUGUCCUUUGCGUAGUCGUGAGUCUUCGUGCGAUCGCCAGAUGUCUGGUCCUUUCCCUGUUGGUAGCUGGAGUCUUUCUUAGACUUGAUGUCUGCAGCUCCGUGUCUGUCCUGCGAGAUAUCCUUGACGUUUUGCUUGGUUUGCGAGACAUCUCUCUCGUCAACAACAGGGUCCACGAGCGAAGAGUACUUGACGUUUCUGUCCGUAGGAAUCACCUCAAACUCGUUACCGUCCUUGUCCACAUAAGAAUGUGCCUUUCCGGUUUGUUUCUCCAAGGUCUUUGUAGAAAUAGAGUUCUGAGCGGCAUCUUGCUCUGGGUUACCACCGCUGCUACUGAUACCAGCUCCAGUACCGGCAUUGGUAGCAGAAUCGGAGCCUGA